CUCUCAUACGCUAUCGUUUCUCAGCUCCUUCGCCGUCACAUUCUUGCAGCCAAAUCCGUUUCUUCAGCUCACCAGCGACGGCGAGAAGCUAUCGAGUCUUAUCUCUCAAUUCUCCACAAUCCCUGCACUCCCUCCCAACGGCUAACGCCACGGACCCUUCCACCAUCCACCUACUUCACCGGCGCUAUCUUUUCCCACUCCACGUCUCGUCUCCGCCAUCACCGCCGUCCUCCAUUUCGCCCCUGUGCUCUCGCUCCCUCUGUCUCGUCCGUUCGUAUCCACCGUCGACGACCGGCCACCCGCCGCCUCCAUAUUUAGCCUCCCUGCUUCCGCCGUUCUUGGUCAAUGUUGCAUACAACUAUUGCCCCGAGAACUUGCAUCUCCUGUCCUAGGACGGCCAUCUUGCCUAGAAGGCAUUUACCCUCAACACGGCUUAGAAUACGUGCUUCGUUGACAGAAAACAAUAAUGGAGUCAAAGUGGAAUACACUCCUUGGCUCAUUGUUGGAUUGGGUAACCCAGGAAAUAAGUACCAUGGCACCAGGCACAAUGUUGGUUUUGAAGUGAUAGAUCAAAUAGCUCAGAAGCAUGACGUUGUCUUGAACACAAUACAAUCAAAAGCUGUAAUUGGAAUAGGUUGCAUUGGGGAGGUGCCAAUUCUGCUGGCAAAGCCGCAAGCAUACAUGAAUUUUAGUGGGGAAUCGGUUGGGCCUCUUGCUGCAUACUAUCAAGUGCCUCUCCGUCAUAUUUUACUGAUAUAUGAUGAAAUGAGCUUGCCUAAUGGUGUUAUGAGACUUCAGCCAAAAGGGGGCCAUGGCCAUCAUAACGGUGUGAAGAGCGUGAUCGACCAUUUGGAUGGCUGCCGCCAAUUCCCUCGAUUAUGUAUAGGCAUUGGGAAUCCACCAGGGACAAUGGACAUGAAAGCUUUUCUACUGCAGCGAUUCAGCCCAACUGAGCGAGUGCAGAUUGACUUAGCAACAGAACAAGGGGUGGAAGCUGUGACCAACUUGGUGCUUAAUGGAUUCAACCAACAAAUCACCAGAUUCAAUCUGAGCCAGAAAUACAAGUAUCACAAAGUCUAAGAAAACAAGGAGGUGCAAGCUCGCACCACUUUGGGGUCUUUGCCAAUCCCGGGUUGCUAAAGCUCCUAAGAAUGCCCGUGGGAUAUGCACUGCUCUCUUUGGUAAAAUGUAAAACAGAUUGGAGAGUGUUCUUUAUGUCCUAGCAGAGCAACAUAGCUGAACAUAUUGUAGAUUUUCUGAAACAAAGCUUGGGUCAUAAGUUAGAAGAGUAGCCUACUAUGUGGUGUUAAUUUUUUGAAUUAACUGCAAGCAGAGCAAGCGUCAUAAACAAAGAAAGAAUACGAAGUUAAAUGCAGCAAAACAAGAAAACUUCAAUGCCAAGCCACCAAAAUCAGGACCAGCCAAUUUCAGUUUUCCAUAAACCAUGAUGAUGCUAUUACUAACAACCCAAAAAGGAAAAGAAUCUGAAAGGUAACAAUCGUCCCGCAUCAUAUACAACAAAAGAUUUAUCCCUACCCCCGACCCGAUAAAUAGAACAAAAAACCAAA